CGCAGGCCCCCGGCCGGCGGCAUGUGGCUGCCGCGCAUCUCCAGCACGGCCGUGACCGUGCUCCUGCUGGCGCAGACCGCCAUCCUGCUUUUCCUGGUCUCCUGGCCCAGGCCGCCGUCCCCGGUGGGCGGCAAAGAGCGGGUGCACGUGCUGGUGCUGUCCUCGUGGCGCUCGGGCUCGUCUUUCGUGGGCCAGCUCUUCAGCCAGCACCCCGACGUCUUCUACCUGAUGGAGCCCGCGUGGCACGUGUGGACCACCCUGUCGCAGGGCAGCGCGCCGGCGCUGCACAUGGCCGUGCGCGACCUGGUGCGCUCCGUCUUCCUGUGCGACAUGGACGUGUUCGACGCCUACCUGCCGUGGCGCCGCAACCUGUCGGACCUCUUCCAGUUCGCGGUGAGCCGCGCGCUGUGCUCGCCGCCGGCCUGCACCGCCUUCCCGCGCGGCGCCAUCAGCAGCGACACGGUGUGCAAGCCGCUGUGCGGGCGGCGGCCCUUCGGCGUGGCGCAGGAGGCCUGCCGCUCCUACAGCCACGUGGUGCUCAAGGAGGUGCGCUUCUUCAACCUGCAGGUGCUCUACCCGCUGCUCAACGACCCAGCGCUCAACCUGCGCAUCGUGCACCUGGUGCGGGACCCGCGGGCCGUGCUGCGCUCCCGCGAGCAGACGGCCAAGGCGCUGGCGCGCGACAACGGCAUCGUGCUGGGCACCAAUGGCACCUGGGUGGAGUCCGACCCCGGCCUGCGCGUGGUGCGCGAGGUGUGUCGCAGCCACGUGCGCAUCGCCGAGGCCGCCACCCGCAAGCCGCCGCCCUUCCUGCGCGGCCGCUACCGCCUGGUGCGCUUUGAGGAUCUGGCGCGGGCGCCUCUGCCCGAGAUCCGCGAGCUCUACGACUUCGCGGGCCUGAGCCUCACGCCGCAGCUCGAGGCCUGGAUCCACAACAGCACGCACGGGUCCGGGCCCGGCGCCCGCCGCGAGGCCUUCAAGACCUCAUCCAGGAACGCGCUCAACGUCUCCCAGGCCUGGCGCCACGCGCUGCCCUUCGCCAAGAUCCGCCGCGUGCAGGAGCUGUGCGCCGGCGCGCUGCAGCUGCUGGGCUACCGGGCCGUGGCCUCCGAGGCCGAGCAGCGCGACCUCUCCGUGGACCUGGUGCAGCCGCUCGGCACUAGCAGCUUCAGCUGGGCGUCGUCCACCGCGGCGCACCCCCGACCUUAG